GUGGGCAGAAGCUCAGCUCCGCGCCGGUGUGGUGACGCGUGGGCGGGGCCGGACCAGAGGGCGUCACGCGGGGCUUUGUGAGCCGGGCCCACCCCGGGACGCACAGCGGGGUGGGGGCUGCGGCCCGGGCCCCGGCGGCAUCUUGCUGGGAACCCUUCUGCCAAAGAAGUUUCCAGAAGUCCUGCUGAGGGUAUUCCAGCAAUUACUGAGGAGCCUUCGCCCACCCUUCACCUUCUACCGCUCUGGCCCGGGGAGCGGCGCUCAGGUCCUCGAUCCUCCUGCCCCAGGAUCACGCGCAUCGCUGAGAUGGAGAGAGAACCGGGAAAUGGAGAACCUGCUGAAAUUAAGAUCAUCAAGGAAGCGUACGAGAAGGCCUUUAUGUUUGUUAAUAAAGGACUGAACACGGAUGAGCUAGGGCAGAAGGAAGAAGCGAAGAACUAUUACAAGCAAGGGAUAGGACACCUGCUCAGGGGCAUCAGCAUCGCGGCAGCAGCAGAUCCAGGGCACACCGGCCCUGCGUGGGAGGCCGCCAGACAGAUGCAACAGAAAAUGAAGGAAACGCUUCAGAACGUCCGCACCAGGCUAGAGAUCCUGGAGAAGGGCCUUGCCACUUCUCUGCGGAAUGACAUUCAAGAUGUGCCCAAGUUAUACCCAGAGUUCCCUCCUAAAGACGAGUGUAAGAAGACCCCAGAGACGGUGAGUUCAGCCCCGCAGCCUGCUGAAGUAGAUGGGAGCAUCUCUGCUGCAGGUGCUGGACCAAGUGCUGCCCCUUCUGCUCUGCCCUUACCGUCGCCCAGCUGCCCCACGGAAGCGCCACCAGCCUACACCCCACAGGCUGCUGAGGGCCACUACACUGUUUCCUAUGGAACAGAUUCUGGGGAGUUUUCCUCUGUGGGAGAAGACUUCUAUAGGAACCGGUCCCAGCCGCCCCCUCUUGAGACCUUGGGGCUUGAUGCAGAUGAGCUGAUCUUGAUACCAAACGGAGUGCAGAUCUUUUUUGUAAACCCUGCGGGAGAGGUUAGUGCUCCCUCAUACCCUGGGUACCUGCGGAUCGUGAGGUUCUUGGAUAAUUCUCUGGAUACAGUUCUGAACCGCCCUCCUGGAUUUCUCCAGGUGUGUGACUGGUUAUACCCUCUAGUUCCUGAUAGGUCACCGGUUCUGAAGUGCACUGUGGGAGCCUACAUGUUUCCAGACACCAUGUUACAAGCAGCCGGGUGCUUUGUAGGGGUUGUUCUUUCAUCUGAGCUCCCAGAGGAUGACAGAGAGCUGUUUGAAGAUCUGUUGAGACAGAUGUCUGAUCUCCGGCUCCAGGCCAACUGGAAUAGAGAAGAAGAUGAAUUCCAAAUCCCUGGGAGAUCGAGUCGCCCCUCUGAACCCCCGAGGGAAGCCUCUGACACCGAUAUCAGUCAGUCAAGUUCUUCAGGUUCCUCAAUAGACCAAGGCAGCAAGGACGCUCGCCACAAAGGGAAGCGUGGGAAAAAGACUAAAGAUGCUUCAAGUGAAGAAGUUAAUCUGAGCCAGAUUGUGCCCUGUGAGCCAAGUUCAGAAGAAAAGCCGAGAGAGCUGCCCGAGUGGAGCGAGAAAGUGGCGCACAACAUCCUGUCAGGUGCUUCCUGGGUGAGCUGGGGUUUAGUCAAAGGUGCUGAAUUUACUGGCAAAGCAAUUCAAAAAGGUGCUUCUAAACUCAGAGAGCGCAUUCAGCCAGAGGAAAAGCCAGUGGAAGUGAGUCCGGCUGUCACCAGGGGUCUCUACAUAGCGAAGCAGGCAACUGGAGGAGCAGCUAAAGUCAGUCAGUUCCUGGUUGAUGGCGUCUGCACAGUAGCGAAUUGUGUUGGUAAAGAGCUCGCUCCACAUGUCAAGAAGCAUGGAAGCAAACUCGUUCCAGAAUCUCUGAAGAGAGACAAAGAUGGGAAAUCUGCCCUGGAUGGCGCCAUGGUUGUGGCGGCGAGCAGUGUCCAAGGGUUCUCAACUGUGUGGCAAGGAUUGGAAUGCGCAGCUAAGUGCAUCGUUAACAACGUGUCUGCAGAGACUGUGCAGACUGUCAGAUACAAGUAUGGGCACAACGCAGGAGAAGCCACACAUAAUGCAGUGGACUCGGCCAUCAACGUUGGGGUCACUGCCUACAAUAUUGACAACAUCGGUAUCAAGGCCAUGGUGAAGAAGACCGCCAAGCAGACGGGACACACUCUCCUUGAGGACUAUCAGAUCGUCGAGAGCCCUCAGAGGGAAGGUCGGGGAGGAGCAACAGGCCCAGGAGGGAGGAGAGACCUAGAAAAGCAGAAGGAGGACGAGAAGCAAGGCGCAAAAAAGAAAGACAAGUAACAGGAGUCCUGGGAGCGACCUGCACCAAAGCCUUACCAGACGGAGGGUGUGGAGUGGAGCGGGCAUGGAUUCUCCGCAGACAAACAGCAUCUUCUGUCUGUUCAUUCCUACAAAGUGACUGUUGGAAGUUUGGGGCAUGUAUCCACUUACAAGGAAAAUAAUCAGUAUUCUUACAUCUGGCUUCUAGACAUAUGCAGUUUGUAGUCUCAGUAAGUUUAUUUUCCCUUAAAUGUGGCUAAAAUAUUUUUGCAGUUAAAAUAAAGCUUAUAAUAUAUGUGAUUUAAACCUAAUGUCAAUCUAUUUUUAUAUGUGCUAGCCUUCAGAAAGCAAAGCAGGAAGCUGUGCAGAUGAUUUUACAGCCACCUGAGUUCCAGUUAUACCGGGAAAGGACUUAAUGUUGACGCCUUUCUUUUUUUGCACUAAUCGUGGAUCUUUUGAGAUGUCCAACAGAAUUUUCAGCCUAUAAGCUAAACAAAACUGUGAUCUUAAAGUUUGUUCUCAGACAAUAUUUUAGAAAUCUUUCUCAAACAGGGAAGAAAGAGUUUGGUCAUGAACGUGCCUUGAAGCUCUGUAAUACUUCUCUUAUUUGCUAGCUAACAGGGAAGACAUUGGUCAUGAACGUGCCUUGAAGCUCUGUAAUGUGUCUCGUAUUUGCUAGCUCUCCUGCCUACUAGGAAACCAAAAUGGCUUUGGACUUAAACUGAAGAAAACACUUCUUUAAGUCUUUAUGGUUGAGGCUAGGGAAUUUUUUGAUAGAAUGAUUUUUAUUAAUUCUUUGAAAAUUUUGUACAUGCAUAAAUAUGUUUUGAUUGUAUCUCCCCACAGCCCCCAACUCCUCCCAGGUCCACACCUUAGUCUUACUCCCAGCUUCAUGUUCUUUGGUAUGUUUGUUUGGAGUAAUCCAGUCUGUGCUGCCCAUAUGCUCAUGGGUGAGAGGCCAUCCACUGCAGGCUGGCUCAUCUGCCAGGGACCACGCUCCUCAAGAGAACUGACAUCUUGCUCCCCAGAAGCCAUCAACUGUCAGAAGCUCCUCAGCUAGGCUGGGGGCUUGUGAGACCCUGCCCACUGCAAGCUGGUGUUGGCUGGUUUGAUCCUAUAGAGGUGGCCUUAGGGUGAAAGGGUCCUAUCGUACCCAGAAGAUGUCAGUUUAUCCACGCCUCCUGGACUUCUGACUCUUAGACUUUCCACUCCUCUUCUUCCACAUUACCUGAGCUUUAUGGAGGAGUGUGGUAUAGACUAGGGAAUUUUGAAGGAUGAUUAAUAUUCUAUUAAAAUUUGCAUUGAUUGUUACUGGCAUUAAGAAAUCACUUUUCCAUAUCUGCUUCUGUAAGUUUUUCCUAAAUUUCUAGAAAGUAAAACACAAACACUGUACUUACUAAGUGUGAUAUGUCUCCACUUAGUCAUUACAUUUUAUACUGAAAGGCAGGAAGUGAUGGGAGGAGCCUCUCCCUGCUCAGUAAAGAAUAUGGGACCCUUUGGUGGGUAGUCCCUACCUGUGCAGAACACAGGACAGACAGUUGCCAAUUUUCCUUUAAGUUAGAAAUGUGUAAUUAAAUACUCCAUGGUAUUUUAUUUCUAUUAAUUUUAAAAGGUUGAUAUUGGUUUUUAUAGCUUUGGCCUAUUAUCAUUUCUGAACCUGUAGUUGGCUAGCUUAUGGGUUUCAUUUGGAAUUGGUUAAUGAAUGUGCUUUGAGAAUAAAAUGGUUUUUGAAUUGC